UGAUUCCUUCUGCAGCUUCACUCCACAUUCUCGGCAGUGCUGUUCGCCUGAUGAGCUGCGAACUAACCCUGGGGCUGAGCCGCUGGAUGAACCAGGAGGAGGCUCGUUCUGUCCCGGGUUAUAAACCAUAUAUCAAGGGUGAACGUUUUUGUUUCGUGUUUACAGUGGAUUACAGCCGAAAAGCUGUCGUUAGUACACAAACUCUUUGGAAAGAAAGGACUUUUUGAAGACUGGCGUUUGCAGCAUGGGGCCAGUGACCAGUCCACUGCAGCCCAGACAAUCGGUCAAACCAACAACUGUGCGUCACUACAGGUGACGGAACAGCCCAUGAAGGAGGCAUCAUGUCGCUGAUGUUACGUCCUGAGCCCCCUCCUGGCAUCAGCUCACCAGUGCACGGGCAAGGCUGGUGUCAGAUUGCGCCGUAAAUGUAUCAAGAACUUGGAGCCCAGUAUGAAAAAGGCGAGCAGGCCCACAGGUGCCUCCAGCAAAACCACCACAGCCAUUAAACCCCUGGGCAAAACUGAGCCCAGUGGCACUAUGGGCACCGGAGGAAAGAGCACCGCCAAGAACCAGAACUCGGCCCAUCUGUCUAAGACGAAGAGCAAUGAUGACCUUGCUGCCAUGAGCGCAGGAAGUGGAGGAGCCUCGGUGGGCAGCGGAAGCAGCACUACAACAAGAAGCAAGAGGAGCACCAGCUCCACUCAGAGCAACUCUGAGACAAAGACCAAGGCCAACUCAGGCUCCUCGGGAAGGCGUGGGAUGUCUUCUGCAAUAAAGGAACCUGGAGUUACCCGUGAGAAAACCAGCACUGCCAAGAAGCAAUCUGGACCCUCUAACUCUGUUGCUUCAAAGCGUUCUCGCUGUCGCACGUCAACGGAGUCUGAAACCCAAGCGAGCAAAUUGCGCUAUGACAUCAGCAACAAAGCAAUGCUGGAGUCAAGAGUAAAGGACUUGCUGGGUUUGGCCAAAAGCAAAGACCUUGAAAUCCUACACUUGCGUUCUGAGUUACGUGGGAUGAGGGUUCAGCUGGGCCUGGAGGAGCAGGAAGCCCCUGAACAAGAGGAGCAGUGUGAAGCUGAGCUGCCACAGGAGAAGGAAGCUGUAUCUGGGAUAAGCGCUGCUGAUGUGGAGUCAACCCUGCUGUUACUGCAGGACCAGAACCAGGGCAUUCGUGGAGAGCUCAACUUGCUGAAGAGUGAGAACCGCAUGUUAAAGGACAGGCUGAAUGCACUAGGAUUCUCAUUGGAGCAGCGUCUGGACAGUCCUGAGAAGGGUCUGCGCUGUGCCUCUCUCAGUCCUGAGCCGACAACAAGUGGUGGGGGCAGCAGCAGUGGUGGGGAUGGAGGGACUCGAACCUCCUCAACCGAAGGCUCUGCCAGGGGUUCAACUGAAGACCUGCUGUCAGAGGCGAGGCGAGUGGGGUCUCCGGAUGUUCCGGACAGUGAGUGCAGUGAACCUUGCCAGGCCGUGAUGUCUAGUGACGAUGCCCUGGAUGCGCCAUCUGGUUGCGGUUCUUCAUCAGAGUCAGAAGGUGGCUCACCAGGCCGAAGGCGCUCACGCCGGGGAAGUAGUGGCAAUGCUAGUGAGGUCUCGGUGGCCUGCCUGACUGAGCGCAUCCACCAGAUGGAGGAGAGCCAACACAGUACUGCAGAGGAGUUACAGGCCACACUGCAGGAGCUCGCGGACCUUCAGCAGAUUGCACAGGAGUUGAGUGCAGAGAAUGAACGCCUGGGCGAGGAGCGUGCCAUCUUGGUGGACUCACUGCGCCAGCAAGGCGAGCGGCUUGAACUCUAUAGCCGACAGCUGGACUACUUGCGUGGCCUGCUGGAUGAACACCGCGUAGCUUAUGUCAAAGACGAUGAGGAUGCAAAGAGCAGUCGCUACAUGGAGCUGGAGAGGCGCUACACGGAGUUAAACGAGAACUCGCGCCUUGAGAGGGAGCAGCUUCUCGGUGUCCAGCAGCAGCUGAGCAGUGCACUCAAGAUGGCCGAGCAGGAGAAUGCUGAGGCACAGGGCCUUAUGGGAGCCCUGAAGGAGCGUGUGCACCUGGCUGAGAGGGCUGCCGAGCUGGAGCGAAGAGAACGUGAGGCCACUGCUGUCGAGCUUGACGCCAUGAGGAUGCAGUCCGAAGAUGAGCAGGCCGAACUAGCUCGCUGUCGGCUCCAGCUGGAGCAGGAGAGGGAGAGAGUGGCUCAACUCCUCUCCAUCCAGGGUGCCGGGGACAAGACUGACAUACGCCACCUGCUGGACAGUGAGAGAUUAAACAAAGAACGAGCCGAAACCAAAGCAGCACAGCUUCAGGAGGAACUGGGGCAUACUCGCAAUGAGGCUGCUCAGCUUCAGGAUGCAAUCAGAAAGCUGGAGGCAGAUUUCCAGUCGUUCCGGGACGAGGUGCAGAAACAGCUUGCCGAGCAGAAGCGGCUUCUGGCUCAGCAGUGCUCGGAGCUGGAGGAGAAGGAUACGGAGAUCGCUGACAUGAAGGAAACCAUCUUCGAGCUGGAGGACGAGGUGGAGCAACAUCGAGCCGUCAAACUCCACGACAACCUCAUCAUCUCGGACCUGGAGAAUUCUAUUAAAAAACUUCACGACCAAAAAUAUGACAUGGAAAAGGAGAUUAAAACACUUCACCGUAAACUGCGGGAGGAGUCAGCGGAGUGGAGACAGUUCCAGGCUGAUCUCCAGACUGCUGUGGUCAUUGCCAAUGACAUCAAAUCCGAGGCUCAGGAGGAGAUCGGGGACCUGCGGCGCCGCCUUCAAGAAGCUCAAGAGAAGAACGAAAAGAUGAACAAAGAGCUGGACGAGCUCAAGAGCAGGAAGGCGAGAUAUUGCUGCUCAGGGGCGGAGCAGCCUAUCCAGCGGAGAUAUCUGACGACUGGUCCACUCAUUCUCCAUUUUCUCCAUACUGAGUACUCCACCAUUACUGCUCGGCUCACGCUCCGGGAGAACUGGCAGGAUGAGGAACGUGGGCGUGUCUAUAAUUACAUGAAUGCAGUAGAGAGGGAUCUUGCUGCACUGAGACAGGGGAUGGGGCUCAGCCGGCGCUCCUCCACCUCAUCAGAGCCCUCGCCCACCGUCAAAACCCUCAUCAAGAGCUUCGACAGUGCCUCUCAAGGUCCUAUUCCCAGCACUCCAACAUCUGCUGUUCCAGCUGUAGUUGCUGCUACUAUUUCUCGAACUCCUCUCAGCCCAAGUCCAAUGAAAACCCCUCCAGCUGCUGCCGUGUCCCCCAUACAGAGACACACGAUCAACACGCCCAAAGCCCUGUCCUCGCUGGUGGAUAAGAGAAGCAGUUACUCGGAGCUCAGUAUGCCGGUUUCUCGCAGGAGCAGUGAGGAGUUGAAGAGGGACCUGUCCGUCACUGAUUCGCCAAACCCCACCUCUAUCAUCGCGUUAGGCUCCGCCUCUCCUCAGCUCUCUCUGUCCUCAAACUCCUCCUCUCCCACAGCUUCGGUCACGCCCACUACACGCGGCCGUCUGCGAGAGGAGAGGAAGGACCCGCUUGCUGCUCUGGCCAGAGAAUACGGAGGAUCGAAGAGAAACGCUCUGCUCCGGUGGUGUCAGAAGAAGACAGAAGGCUAUCAGAAUAUAGAUAUCACUAAUUUUAGCAGCAGCUGGAAUGACGGUCUGGCUUUUUGUGCUGUGUUGCAUACAUACCUGCCAGCUCACAUCCCCUACCAGGAGCUCAACAGCCAGGACAAGAGAAGAAAUUUCACACUGGCUUUCCAGGCAGCGGAAAGUGUAGGGAUCAAAUCUACACUUGACAUCAGUGAGAUGGUCCACACAGAGAGACCUGAUUGGCAGAGUGUGAUGACAUACGUCACUUCCAUCUAUAAGUAUUUUGAGACCUGACUCGGAACCAUGUCUCUCUCUCGUUCAUCUCCAUGUACUAAAGUGCUAUGUUACGUAGACACGGAGUCACACUCCAGCUGAAGGGACUGCUUUUUCAGUCACAGCUAUGCAGGUUUACUUGUUAUGUCACUCAUCAUAAGCUACUGUUCCUCUUUAAAACAGGCAGCGUUGUGUAGCUUCUUAAUUUAAUGGCAGGCCAUAACAAUAAAACUGUUAAUUUAAUUCUAAUCAGUAAUAUGUGCUGGUUAAACGCCUAAUAGCGGAGUGGUAUUUUAACGAGUCCCUCACCUUCCCCCGUCUCAGCGUUUUGUAUGUUAAUGUGAAGGAGUUUCAGGUGAGUAGAACUGAAAAGACUGAAACUCAGCAGUUUUGUGCGUUUAUUCAAGCUCCACUGAUGAUCACUCGCUCACUUGGUGCCUAAGAAGUGCUGAAUGCAUUCUCAUGGAGAUGACGAGGCCAAGUUCUCCAGCACGUUCCUCUUAGGACUGCUUAAAAAGCACACGAUAGGAUUGUAUGCUGAAGGAAAAAUGUGAAUUUACUCCACACACUCAGAAGAUUUUUAAGCUCAACUAUCGGCUCACUCUGACGUCGUCACUGCACUGCGUUAAAUACUGUAUUAUAAAGAAAUAAUUUCGAACCAGUUGUUUUGCCGUAUGAAAUAUCUUUGAAUUAAAAGAUUUGUUGCCUUUAACAGCCACAUAAUGUUUUUAUUGUAUAUUAAAGAAUUAAGUGCAUUUAUUUUAAGUUUUCCUGAUGUUUCAGUUAUCUUUAAAAAUUAAAAAAAAAAAAACUAAAUAAAAAGGCACAAUCAAUACUUUAUUCCUUAAGAUAGUGCCCCCCGCCCCCCCAAAAAAGCUGCUCUCAUGUUAAAACGUCCUGUUUCACUACAAAUCCUCUUACAGGAUCAGCUGCUGUUUAGACCAACAUCAUUAAUUUGGCCAGUUAAACAGCUGCUGAAAACUAAUGUAAACUACAUUUAUUUUAUAAAAUAAUCUGUACUUAUUCAAAAAGUCAUGUCAGAAUUUUAAUUUCUGCGGUGAAUGUUGUUUAGAUUGUGUUGUAUAGAUUUUUAUUUUUUCAGCUCCAUUCACUCGUCCUUUCAAAUCAAGCAGCUUCUGUCAAGUAUUGACCAAGUUUUCCUCUUCAUUUCGAAAGUAGGGAUGCUCUGGAUGUUUUAUUUGCUUUGUCAUCAGUAUCAUUUACAAGAUAUUUAUGUGAACCUCUUAAUUUUUUUUUUCAACAUUCCUGAACGUCUGAGUCUAAUGCCAAUAAAUCAUUACUCUGA